AUGGAGAGAGUUACAUUUUUGUUAGUCUUAUUACUUGUAAGCCUAUCGUGUAACUGUGACAAUUCUCAAAAUGAAAGCGACGAACCCAAAGCAUAUACUUACGGCAUGCAAAGAAAACGUUUCAGAAAUGGCAUAGUAAAAACCAACAAUAUCCAAGGUGAGGAGACACGAGAUUUCACAAUGAGUGAUGAGCCAGUAUUAGAUCCAUAUCCUCCUAAGAUACCGUCUUUAAUGGAUACUUCAAAGUCCAUUGGAUUUUUGCAGCCUCAAGAAAUCGGUCUCGCAGAUCAAUGUUUUCCCAGGCCACAGUGUGAUUUUUUUAACAUGUACAGAACAAUAGACGGUAGUUGUAAUAAUUUACUAUACCCAACUUGGGGACAAACUAACACAGCAAACACACGAAUUAUUCAAGCUAAUUAUUCAGAUGGUUACUCUCAACCAAGGAAAUCAGUAUCUGGUCACGAAUUGCCGGAAGUCCGAAAAAUACGUAAAACCAUAUUUAAAGACGUUGACAAAACUUCACCGAAAUAUAAUUUAUUUGUCAUGCAAUAUGCUCAAAUCAUUACACACGACACAGCGAGCACAUUAAUCAAAGAAAAAGGACCUCAUGGCCCAGUUAAGUGUUGCAAUGAUGAUGGUUCAACGCCCGAAAUUCUACCAAAAGAAUGCCUUCAGAUUAGAAUCCCACACGAUGAACCAGAAUCAAAAUACCGAUGCUUAUCCAUUCCCAGAUCACUUGACACAUCGGAUAAGGGUUGUGACAUUAAACCGGUCAGACAAAUUUUUGGAGCCUCUAGUUUUAUUGACGCUUCAGUAUUAUAUGGCACAGACUAUGAAACAUCACGUUCUAUAAGAACAUUCAAAUACGGAAAGCUCAGACGGCAGUUGGGACCUAAUGGAAAAUCGUUCUUACCCAAUGUCAAAAAAGCAACAGCACUUUGCAACGUCACUCAAGAUAACACAGUGUGCUACCUUUCAGGUGACCCAAGAAUUAACAUGCAACCGGAAAUGACAGUUGUUACAACUUCAUUAUUGAGCUACAUAACUAUUUAUGCGAUGAGCUUAGUUGCUUGA